UGGCGUGCACGUACAAUGGCAAUUGAGUUGUGCAUAAUGUGCCAAAUCGAUUACAUUUUACAUAAAUAAAUACAGUUAUACAUAUUUUAAAAUCAAUGGUUCAAAUAGUGUCUGCCGAAAAUAAUUACUUCGCUAGGAACAUGUGCACGUUUGAACGUCGAAAACGGUGUUAGGUAUACAUUAUACACAUUCGGCACUGUUCCGAGUUCGCAAUCAUUCCAUUUCUAUUUUAUCAAAGUUUUCUCGUUUUUUUUUUAUCAUGAAAUUUGUGCUAAUCUCGUUUAUAUAUUUUAUAUCUUUACACUACGUGUCAUCGCAGUACGAAAUUUACUCACAGAUUUUUAGGCCAUACAACAGCUACAGAUAUGCACAGGCUCAGUCUAUGUUCAGAUAUCCGCAACCCACAGCAGUCCGCUAUCUGCAACCCACAGCAGCCCGCUAUCUGCGAUCCACAGCAGUCCGCUAUCCGCCACCCACAGUAGCCCGCUAUGGUAGCUAUGGUAGCUAUAAGAGUUUCACACCGGAAAACAGGAGUUUAGUCAUUACGAAAAAGGUAGCUGAUGUUGAUGAAAUGCAAAGUCAUCUGGAUAAUUUGCUGUCGAGAAUGAAAUCGACGAUGAUGGAAAUGAAUAUCAAACAAGAGCAGUCAGCUACCGACCAGUCAUCAAAGACAACGAACAAUCCAAAUGACAAAAUCUACAAAGGAAAGCUUACAAGAAAAACAUCGGCAUCAAAUAGAUCGGCAUCAGUGUAAUAUAUAAUUAAAUAGAGAAAAAAUCGAAUGAACCGAGCCAUAGGUAGUAAUAAUAGUAGGUAAUACAAUAUUUGCAUAUUUUUUUAUAAUAUUCAUAAUCUAACAUAGUACCAAACAAAUGUAUUGUUAUAAUUAUAUUAUACAACUGUUGCAUCCCCGUAAUCAAUAUCAACAAAUUAACAAACACUGUCAUAAAUAACUAUAUUAUCAUUAAAAAUUAAAUGCAAUCAUCAGCUCGAUA